AUGACUAUGAAUAAAAAAAAGACAUAUAAUGAAGAUAAUUUAACAUUUCUAAAUGUGUAUUCUGAUGCUCUAUUUAAAUAUACAGAAAAAGAAAAAAAAAAAAAUGAAUUAUCUGAAAUAUUUUUAUUAAGAGAAAAAAUACGAGAUGGAAAAAGAUUAAUAAAAAUAAAUCUUGACAUAAUCUUAAUUAUUGUUUUGUUUUUUGUUCUUUGUUCUUCUACAAAUGUAAUAAAAAUUAGAAAAUUUCAAAAUUAUAUAUAUAAUAACUUGAAUGAAUCAAAAACAUAUUCUGAAUCCUUUUAUAAAUCCUUAAGUGAUAACAUAAGAAAAAUAAAUGAUGAUUUUUCUUACGAACCAAAAAAAAAAGAUUAUACGGUCUUUAAAAAUAUAAGUAAUAAAUUUGAAUUAGCCUCAUGGAUAAAAAAUGUAUUUGCUGAAAAAGCUUCUAAAGAAAAUUUUUUAAAUAAUAACAUUUUAUUUGGUAAUUGCUGGAGAAUAACAAUGAGAUUAUAUAAAAAAAAAGAAGAUAUAUCAAAUAAUAUUUACAAAUAUAAAAAAUUAUAUGAAAUAUAUUCUGAUAAUUCAUUUUUGACUGACAUAGAAAAUGUACAAAAUUUUAGUUCUAUUUAUUUUGAUAAAAGAUGGAAAUAUAAUUUUUCUAAAGAUUUAUCAUAUAAAAAAAUAGGAGGAUUAUAUCAAAUAAUAUGUGAGAAAGAUUACAAUAAAAUUCAAGAAAAACUUACUCAAGGAAGCUUUUACACAGAGAAUUAUCCUUACUUUAUACCAGCUGUUAUAUUAACUAAUUAUAAUAUAGCUUCUGUUACUGUAGAUUUUUUAUUAUUUAAUCCUUUAUUAAAUAUAAUUUCUUAUAAUGCUUUAAAAUUUUCUUUUUUGCCUAACACAAAAACAUAUAAAGAAAUAGUAACUUCAUCUGCUAUAUAUAAUAAAUUGAAUAUUUAUUUUCUUAUUUCCUUACCUAUAUUUUUUAUGCUAUUUUUAAUAUAUAUUACAAUAAAUAUUAGAAAAAUGAUAUUAGUUGGUUUCAAAUUGUACGUUAAAUCAUAUUGUACCAAUUUUUUUCUCAUAGUUGCUAUUAUUAUUAAUUUCAUAGCAUUAGCCGUAUAUCUUCUGUCUCAUUCUAGAUUACCUAAUUUAAAUUUAGAAUACAAAAAUGGGAAGUAUAUAAUAAAUAAAUUGUAUUCUCAAAUUACAGAAGAUAGAAUUGCAUAUUUCUUACAUGAUAUGCAUUUAACUAUAUCAUAUAUAGAAAUAAUAAAAAAUAUUUUUAUUAGUGUAACAGCAAUAACUUUUGCUUUAUCUUGUAUUGUUUUCGUAAAACAUUUUGGUCUUCUAGUGAAAAAAUAUAGUGACGUUGAGAAAAAUAUAAGAAAAGAUUUUUUGUAUCCUUUUUUUAUUAUUUUAAUAAUUAUAUUUGGAUGUUUAGCUAUUUUUUCUGUAUUCUGUCAUAAACUUUUUGAUAUAUCAGAAAAUGUUAGUUCUAGUAUGCUAUAUGUUUUUAUUUUUAAUGUAUGUAUUAUUUUUGCAAAUUUUCAAGGCUUCAAUAUUUCUUCCAUUGUAAGUGAAGAAAACAUUUUAUCUUACUUUUAUACAAUUCCUAUUCUUUUUUUUAUUGUCACUAUAAGUUUUUCUUUCAUAUUUUUUUUAGCUAUUAAAUCUUUCAUUAAAAGAAAUAAAAAAAUAUAUAAAUCAUUUAUGUAUCUAUAUAGUAAGUUAUUAAGAGAGGGGAAAAAAAAAAAAUGUAAAAAAGAAAAAAAAGGAGUAUUUUUUGAUAAAUUUUUACACGAUAUGAAUUAUGAUUAUAAUUUAGAUGAGAAAGAAGACAUUAAAAAUGAAAUAAAAAAAAAAAAAAAAAAAGACCAUAUAGAAAGAGAAAAUAAUACAACAAAUAAAGUUAAUGAAAAAAGUAGCACAUAUAUAGUAGGAAGCUCCGAUGAAGAUAGCAAAAGAAAACGUCACUUAAUAGAUAAAGAUGAACAUUUAAGUGAUCAGAAUAAUAAAAAUUUAGAAAAUAUAUAUGAAAACUCAGAUACGAAUAGUGACGAAAACUUAGAGAAAAGUAGUCUAGAAUCAUCAGAAAGUUCUGAUAUUUGUGAAAUAAAUGUUGAUGACAUAAACGAAGGAGUAAACUUAAAGGAUUUAAUAGAUGAUAGAAAAAACUCAAAAAACGAUCAGGUUAUGUAUUAUGAAAAAAAUAUAGAAAAAAAAAUUUUCAAUAUAGAAAAAAUUUUAGAUUAUUUUUUAAACAUGAAUAAAAGUUUUUUACCUUUUUCUUAUAAAGAGAAAAAGCAUAUUUUAAAAAAUUAUAAUGGCAAGAAAUUUAGUGGGAAAUUAAUUUUUUAUAUAUAUUUGUAUUCUUUUUUGUUGAUAUUUAUCUUGUUAUUCAUUAUUAAUGAUUAUAAAAAAAUUGGUGAAAGUGAAAAACUAUUAAAAUAUCAGAUAGAAAAUAUAAGCUAUUUACCAGGUAAUGAUUUAUUUACUAGUAUGCAAUUCUAUCACAUAGAGAAAAAUAUUAAUAUAAAUAUUAAAAAAAAAGAAUUUAAUUUCAAUAAAAUAGAAGAUAAAAGUGACGUUAUACAGUGGCUAAAAACAUGUUUUAUUUCUUUUUUACAAAAUGGUUAUAAUAUACAAGAAAAUGAUACAAAAUUCCAUGAUACAUAUAUGUGGAAGGAUAUAUUUUAUUUUAAGUAUAGGAAAGGAAUAAAUAUAAGCAUAUCUUCUAGAGAACAAAUUAAAAUUACAAAUGGGAAAUUUAUUUGUGAUAAUAAACGAAAAAAAUGCAAAAUAAAUAUAGAAAAUGAAAAAGGCAAAUUAAUAAAUACUAUAAAUGAUAUCACACAAAUGAUUGACGAUUCAAUUAAAAAAAUUGAAAUUUCUUUUAUUUUAUUUGAUAAGGAAAAUGAUUAUAGCGUUUUAAUUAACAUACAUUUCUUUUUUACCUCUAGUGGAUAUAUAUCAAAAAAUAUAUUUUUUGGUCAUCUAUUUUUUAAAUCUUUUAAUUAUUCUUAUUUUAAAGGUGUUGGGAUUAAUAUUCUAUUUUUCACAUUACUUUUAAGUUUAUUUUUAAUUAUCUACUUAUUUUUUUUUAAAGAUUUUAUGAGCUUUUAUAAGGUGUGUAUUUUAGUUGCAAAUGAAUGUAAUAAAAAUAUACUUGCUCAAAUUAACAAAAUAGAUAACUUAAAUAAUAAUAAGGAAAAUGAACAUUUAGAAAAAAUAAGUAAUUUGGAUAACUGGAAUGAUUACAAUUUUUAUGAUAAUAAUGAUAUUAUUAUGAAUAACAAAAACCGAAAAAUCAUUGAAAUUGACUCACAUUUUAAAUUAAAAAUUUACCUAACAUAUAUUCUCGAAAGUAAUAUUUUAGAUUUUAUCAUUUUUCCUUUACAUGUUUUAAUUGUAGUGUUUUGGCUAGUUUUAUUAGUAGAUAUCAGUUGGAUUAUAAAUAAUAAAAAUGAUAUAGAUAAUUAUUUUAAUGUUCAUUUAAGUUUAUUUUCUUAUAAUUCUUAUUUCAUAAAUGUCUUUUACUUGUUUAUUUUUUUAACCAUUAUAAAUAAGUUUAUUUUCCUUUCUAAUUACUUUAAAAAGGAAAUAUUAUAUGAAGCAUUACAUUCUAAUAAAAAACAAUUAAUGAAAAGUAGUGCUUUAUUACUGUUUUUCUACGUGAAUUUUACAAUAUUUAAUUUUUAUUUUUAUGGAAUUGAUGAUUUUAAUGACUUAACACCACGGCAAUAUUUUAUUUAUUCUAUUUUAAUUUUAUUAGGUUUUGUUAAUAUUGAAAUUUAUUUAAAAUUCAAUAUUUUUUACUUCUUAUUAAUUAUCUUACCUUAUUUAAUUUUAAUACGUUUUAUUUUUAUAUAUGCAUUUUUUGCACCAAUAUUUGCAACUUAUAUUAUUUUGACAAAGAAAAAAAGUAAAAAUAGAAAAAAAAAAAAAAUACACGACAAAAAAAGGGAUAAUUCCUCCUUUACAUUAACACAAUUAAGUAAUGAACAGUGGAAUAAUUUAAAUGAAGAAAUAAAACAAUUUGCAAAAAUGGAAACUUAUAAUAUGCUACAGUUUUUUGAAGAUUUAAAAUGUCAAUUAAAAAAUAAAACAGAUUUGUCUAUAGUACUGAAAAAUACAAGUGAAAAAUUAAGUGAAAAAUUCUAUACAUUUCAGUUGGAUUUACGCAAAAUUGAAUUACAGUGGAAAUUCAGAAGUAAAUCACUAAGUUCAUCUGUGGCACAUUUAGAAAAACUAAAUAAUCAAAUAAGUACAAAUGAAGAGAUUAUUAUUGAAAAUAAAAAUAGAAUAUUAUCUUUAAAACAAUUCUUAAAACAAAUUAAAUCAGAUUCAUGA